CUGCCGGCGGGGUGCGUUGGGUUGCUGGUUCCCAUCGUGUCUGGCCGCGGGUCAUGGGGCUGGAGCCGCGGACGCUGCCGCCCUCUCCGAACUGGUACUGCACCCGCUGCAGCGACGCGGUGCCCGGGGGCCUCUUCGGCUUCGCCGCGCGGACCUCCGUCUUCCUGGUCCGCGUGGGCCCGGGUGCGGGUGCCAUCCCGGGGACGCCCCCGUUUCGAGUCAUAGGAGAGUUGGUGGGACACACCGAAAAGGUCUCCGGCUUCACAUUUUCUCAUCACCCCGGUCAGUACCACCUCUGUGCCACCAGUUCAGACGAUGGAACCGUGAAGAUCUGGGAUGUAGAGACGAAAACAGUAGUGACGGAGCAUGCACUUCAUCAG